CGCGCGUUUCGAUAACCAAGUUAUCGUCUUCGGAGACAGUGUAGUUAUGAUUUGGUAUAUCGUAGUUUUAGAUUGAUUUAAUCGAUAAUCUCUUCAAAAAUAUAAAGAAAUCUGUUGAUAAAUAUAUAGCUGCUAUUUCAAUUUCAAUUUUGACAAUGGUAGACCGACAGAACUCUCAAAAAAUAGGAUUUGCAGUAAUAGACAUUCAGUCGUCAGAUCCAAAAUGGAUUACACCAAAAGAUGAUGAUAUAGAAGAAAAUGUUGAUAAUACAAAACCUGGGAGAUUAGUAAAAGUUUACGAUAACAUGUCCGUAUUAGAAAGAUUAGUUUUGUGCCUUUCUGAAUUCGGCGGUACAGCAUGUUUGGUAUUUUUAGGAUGUUUAGGAUGUACGAGUAACAGUGCUGAGCAAAUCUCUUUCACUUUCGGAUUAGCAAUUAUGAUUGCAGUACAAAUAUUUGGUCAUAUUUCUGGAUCCCACAUCAAUCCAGCAGUUACUGUAGCAGCAGCUGCCCUUGGAGACUUUCCAUUGGUGAACGUACCUAUUUAUUUUUUAGGUCAGAUUUUGGGAGGUGUCACAGGAUUUGGAUUAGUUAAGACGUUGCUGACGGUUCCUGGACUCUGUUCGCCAUCACCAAACUCUUCAUUGUCCGUUUUUCAAGUUUUUUUAACCGAAUUUCUUCUAACUUUAAUCCUUAUAUGGGUGUGUUGCGGUGUAUGGGACAGUAGAAACGCUACAAAACACGAUUCCAUAUCCAUACGUUUAGGUUUGGCAGUUGCUGGACUUGCAAUGGCAGGUGGCUCUCUCACCGGAGCAAAUAUGAAUCCAGCUCGUAGUUUUGGUCCAGCUGUAUUAAAUGGUACUUGGAAUCUUCACUGGGUUUAUUGGGCUGCCCCAAUUUUGGCUGGACUAGUCGGCGCCAUUUCCUACAGGAUCGUUUUCGGAAAGGAAUCCAAAAGUAAUGAAACAUUCCCUGAACGACACUCCAGUUAAUUUUAUUAUAUUUUAUUUACGUAUGUACAAACAUAGAUAAUAAUAAUUGUUAGUAAUAGAAAUGAUUUUUACGUUAUAUACAUUGUUAUAUUACUUAUUAAAUUUUUUCACAAAUUA